AGAAUGAACUAACAAAAUCAUGUAAUUUCAGAGAAUCUCUUGAUUUCAUAACCACUUUAUGACAAUGAUAUAAAUGCAUAAUCUAUAUAUGAUAAAUACCUGAAAGAUUGUUCUUUGAUACCAAUUAGAUUAAUAGAGGAAUCAAAGGAAACUUAAGAAAGGCCAUUUGCAGGAACAAGGCAAAAUAUUUAACAACAAUAGAAUUAAAGAAAUGUACAAUAAAUUUAGGAAAUUAAUUCUUAAGAAGGAGUCUAAAGAAAUAGAAAUCAAUAAUAAAUUUAAUAAGCCAAUUAUUAGUAGGAUCAAUAAUAUUAAAAUAAUUAAAUGAGAUAUCCACAUUAAAAUAUCUAUUAUCAUUAGAGAUAAUAUAAUUAAUUAUAAAAUUAUCAUUAUGAUCAAUAUCAUCAUCAUCAUUAACAUAGAAGAAACUAAUAAAAUAAUAGAAUGGAAUAAGAAUAUUAUGGUCAUUAAAUGAGAAGAUAAGAAUAAGGAAGAAGAAGGAUGCAUUAAUAACCAAAAUAUGGAUUAGAUUAAAACGAAAUUGCAGCUUUGAGUGAGAUUGUAUUUAGAUAGAGUAGAGCCUCCUGUUGGGAUGAUGAAAACAAGAAAUGUAGUAUUUGUAUUUCAAAUUUUGAGGAAAAUGAAAAAAUUAGAUUUUUGCCAUGUUUACAUAGGUAUUAUUAUUUAAUAAUUUUUGAUUUCAUUCAGGAUGUGUUGAUUCUUGGUUGGCCUCUAAAGGAUCUUGUCCAUUAUGUAAAAAGUAUGUCAGAUCGUUAGUUUAAUAAUUUACAUGAGAGAAACACUAUAGAUAUUAUAAUUACUUCAACAUAAUUAAUUAUUAAGAUUAAUAAUUAUUGA